AUGAAAACUGACACACCCCCCAAACCAAAACAAAUCGAGAUCAAACAAGAACCACCAUCACGUCCACCAACACCACCUGCGAAACUCUCAGAUUCCGAUAUCGAAGACUUAUUUAACCAACAAAUGCUUCGAGAAACUAUGGAGCAAAUUUCCAAUGACGAAUCUGAAGAAGAAGAAGAAGAAGAAGAAAACGCUCCUGAAAAUACCCAGCACAAUGAUGUUGAUACAGAUACUGAUCAACCGAGACGUAACCCACCACGGGAACGGAAACCUCCGGUCAGGUACGGAUGCAACAUUCAGCAUGACACCACAACUGCAGAACCAACAAAUUAUCACCAAGCGAUCAACAGUCCUGACUCCGAAAAAUGGCAAAAGGCUAUGGAAGUUGAACUCGACUCACUCGCUAGGAAUAAUACAUGGAAACUGGUUGACACACCAGACCACCGAAAAUUGGUCGACUGCAAAUGGGUAUAUAAAAUCAAACUCGGGCCCGAUGGCAACCCCAUUCGGUACAAAGCCCGACUCGUCGCAAAAGGAUUCUCACAGGUACCUGGUCAAGACUUUGAUCAGACUUAUGCCCCCGUCACCUGA